AUGCGACCAGUUCCGGCCAGCGGCAGCGCAUCUGCCCAUCAUGGGCGUUCCGACAGUUUGACGCCCACUGCGACGAUUCCCCAAAUGACGUACUUUGUCGGAACCGAGGAUUCAAUCAGCGAUUUGGGCGAGAUGAGCUUCCAGACGCCGCGGUUCUCGUACAAGAGCGAAUAUGAAUCAAAUGCCCGGGCUGGCAAGAGCUGUCACCGAUCCAACAUGUCAGCCUCCACAUCCAUCUCGUGGCCUUCACCGUCUCUCUCGUCCCAACCCGGCGGCGAUACGCCUCACGACCUCUCCAGGCCAAUGACUCCCGUUAUGCUGGGGACUUCUGGUCCCGAGUCCGUCAUCAGCGAAACCUCGUCGCCCAUGAGCUCGCCUGUCGCCUCCAUGUCUGCUAGCCGGAUCAGCUCUUCUCUAAGUCUAAUAGGCCCACACCAAGGCGGCAUCGGCCUCUAUCAACAUGCCAACGACGGCCUCGCAGGGAGCCAUACGCCGCAGCUCAUCAUGCCUAGCCUAACGGUUCCGCGACGUCGGCCAUUUUCGGACACGGGAAAAUCGUUGGGAAAGCUCAAGGUUCUGGUGACAGGCCCAGAUGGGAUCGGAAAAUCAACUUUGAUCACGGCUAUUGCACAGUGCAGCGAGCAUAUUGUUCAUGUUGACCCCGUUACGAACCGCGACAAGGGCCAAGUAUCCGAAGUAUAUGCCAGCACCCGCCCCUACCCGUGGUGGAGAGCGGAGCUGGACCCUUCUCUUGCCCCAAGGCGACGAAGUUCAGCAAUGGAUGAGAUGCUAGACCGUAAUCUCUGUUUUGUGGACUGCCCUCCUCAACAAGAUUCCGAGGCUGCGCAUCCGGCCGUCCGUUAUGUCGAAUCACAGCUCUUUCCGUUACUGCACCGGCCAAUCAGUGAUGGCGACCUGUGGAAUCUCCUAAGCAACGGGACUGAGCCUAUCGUUGAUGCAGUGCUGUAUCUGCUGCCCCAUACUGGCCCGGAAGCCGCAGAUGUAGAGACAAUCAGACUGCUACACAACACCACUAAUGUGAUUCCCCUAUUAGCCCGCGCCGAUGAGAUGAGCAACGACGAUGCUAUUGUUUCCAAACAAACCAUCGAUUAUUGCCUGCGUGACAAGAACGUUGAAUAUUUCUCGUUUAGUGCCCCUGGAGUGUCUUCUGAAUCAUCGGAUAUCUAUGCUGUCUCGAGCAUCUCCGACUCUGAUGACGAUGUAAUGGACGCCAGCGUGUUGAUGAAUUCAGAAUAUGUCCGCCCACUUGUCGCUACAGAUCUCCAUAGGCUCGUGGAGCAGCUCAUGUCCCAAGAUGGCAGCGCCAGGCUUCGACAUGCCGCCUCACUCAAAGGUGUCAGGUGGCGGCGACAAAAGGCCAGCAGCUCCUCAUUGCAGUCAGCGCUCAUCUGCCGCCAACCCAUGAGUGUAUACCCCUUGUCCACUCCCUCUUGGAAUCGUUCAUUCCUCCCCGAGCAGUACCACCGCCCCUUGGAAAUGGCGAGUUGGGCAGAGAGCUUGCGGCAGAGUCUAGAGGCAGAGCGCCUUUGCGAGGUGCCGAUGCAACUUCUUGGGCCAGGUAUGACGAUGAAUGGCAUGCCACUGGCAAGAGUGAAUCAGAAGCCAAGACGUCAGAAGCACAAGAAAUCAAAGCGUGAAGAAGUAGUGCCACACCACCAGGAUCCGCUCGGGCUGUUGGGGCUGGCUGGUCAGAUCAAGUGCAACAGCAGGCUUACUCUUGAGCUUGUCAGCAGCAUCGGAGUGAUUGGAUUUUUUACAUCAUGGCUUGUCCGUCCGGAUGGAAUGGUCUCAAGAUGUUGA